GGACUCACCACCUCUUUUCCGGUUUCCUACGGUGCAUGACUUCCUUUCACUUUAACCCUUAAUGAAUUAAUCUUUUGAACAUCAAGUACAAUUUUCUGGACUUAGAAUGGAAUUUUUUUUUUUUUACGUUUUGAUGUGGCAUGUCGGAUCCGGCCAUAACUUCUGGGCCGGGUUUGGGGUGCUAUACAGUUGGGGAUCAUCAGUGUUAGCCAUUUUGUACCGCGAACUUUGUCGGACGACAGAUCCCUCUGCGGUGGACAUAGGUGGAUGUCUCAUACUGCUACAGUCGUGGGCACUUUAUCGGAUGCCAUUCUUGGCAUCCAUUAGUCACCAAUCAUAUACAUUUCCACUCGUUAAUAGAUGGAGCACGAAUCUAGGUAUCGGGAGGUCAUACACGGUUCUGAUAUACUGUCUAAUGAUUGAGAAUCAUUCUGGAGAGGGAUUCAUUUGGAUGCCAUAUUCUGAUCCUGAAGUUACAGUUGUUAUUCCAUCGUAUGCUCAGGUCCACUCACACUUAUGGUGCAUUAGCGCACCCCUUAUCCAUUUUCAGACGGUGGAGUGGUAUCAUGGCGAUCGGGUAAUCCGACAGUUCGGUUGUAUACAAUAUAUCCCGACACAGCCAGUACGAUUGGAUGCACAGCUACAUGGCAUGACUAGGAGGGGGAGGCAUGGAACUGAUUGGGGAGAUGAGCAUGAACAAUAUAUUACGAUGUGGAACAACCGGUUUAGUAGGGUACCUCAGAUGGAUCGUUGUUUGGAUCUGCAGCAUCGCCACAGUACCUACAGCGGUACUAUGAGAAGGGGAAACCAUUUUUAUUUGGUGGGCGGUCGAUGGUAGUCCCCCCGCAUACGACACGAAUUGGGCAGCAUUUACCACAUCCGCAUCAUGCACCAAAGUUGGAGCCGAAGUCGGAGCCAGAGCCGGAACUACACUCCGGGAAUAGUUCUUAUCAUCCAGAUUUGGGCGGCAGUAACUAUUUCCUGGGCUCUUCAUCCCACGGAUAUCAUUCAGAGUUUGAUAUCUUCAGCCCACCAUCAUACUCCACUCCUUCCGGCUCGUAUCCACUACAGUACUCUGCUCUUUCCAGCUCGUAUCCACCACCAUACUCCGCUCCUUCUAGCUCGUAUCCACCACCGUACUCCGCUCCUUCUAGCUCAUAUCCACCACCAUACUUCGCUCCUUCUGGCUCGUAUCCAUCGACAUUCUCUACUCCUCCCGGCUUGUAUCCAUCACCAUACUCUACUCCUCCAGAGUCGUAUCUACCGUCGUUCUCUACUCCCCCAACUCGAGUUCAUCGAUUGCAUUUGAUAUGGAUGAAGAGAACGUUGAUUGUCAUAAUCGUCCGCAAUGUGAACGUCGAGCUCCAUAAAGAGAUACCCCUAGAACGACACCAUCAAACCGUCAAUUUUAAGGGGUUUUGUAAUAUAAAUAACUUCAUAUUUAUGUAAUGAAUUUUAUUUGGCAUUUUAUUUAUGAAUUUGAGAGUGGAUUUUGGAA